AUGGAUUUUGCAAAGCUCAUGUCCCAGCACAUCAAAAAGGGCAAGGACACAACCGCGCCCGCUGACUCUAGCGAAAAGAGAUAUCUGAAGCGCAGCGAGGUCGAGGCGCAACGACAGGCUGCCUAUCGCGCUGAACAAGAAGCCGCAGAGCAGGCGCGCCAAGACCGCAUAGCCCACAAACGCAAGGCCGAGGAAGACGAAGCUGAACGGGAAGCCGAGCGGCGGGAGAAGCGGCAACGACUGGCCGAGGAGUCGCGGCGACGCAGGGAAGACGAGGAAGAGGCGGAAGAGAGCAGGAGACGAAAGCGUCUUGGUCUGCCGGAACUUCCGCCAAAGAAGAAAGAGGGAGACGAUGAGGGCACACCAAUACCCAAGGACGAAGACAUGCCAGACGAAGACCUGGUAGCGAAGCUGAGGGCUCUGGACGAGCCAGCAAAGUUGUUCGGGGAGACGCAUAAGCAGCGCCUGAAGCGGUACAAGAAGCGCGUGGGUGCAGACAACCUCGCAGCCAUCAUGACGGACGGGCCAAUACCCACGACGCUGCAACUGGUGCCAGAGAAGGAUAUGAAAGUAGAGCUCAAGGUGCCCAAGGACAAAGACGGAAGAGAAUUCCUUUUCAGACAGUUGGCGAGCUACUUCACCAUGGUGUUGACGGAAUGGGAUGCCACCCUCGCACGCAGAGACGAAGACGUGCAGACCAGCUACCAGGGCAAGCAAGCCUACGCCGCCAUGGUGCAAGCCCGCGAAAACAUGCGACCACUCUUCAAGAAGCUGGAGAAGCUCGACCUCGAAGCCAGUAUCCUCGAUCCCGUCGUCGAGAUUGUGCAUGCUGCGCAGGAGCGACGUUACGUCGACGCCAACGAUGGGUACUUGCGACUCAGCAUUGGCAAGGCAGCGUGGCCAAUUGGUGUCACCAUGGUGGGCAUUCACGAACGCAGCGCCAGAGAGAAGCUGCACGAGAGCGACAAGAACGCGGCGCACAUCAUGAGCGACGAGAUUACGCGGAAGUGGUUGCAGAGCAUCAAGAGGUGUCUGAGUUUUGCACAGACGAGGUGGCCGCCGACAGACCAGUUACAGCUCAUGGGUUAA